AUGGCACCUGCAUUGACCUCUGCGGCGCCCACAGCUCCUCAUCAGCUGUCGAAGGGACCGGCCAACAAUAAAGUGGACAAGAGCAUAUUUCCUGAUGGCAUCCGGACAUCAGGUCAACACGAGCCUCUCUUCAAUCAACUCCACUCCUACGAAGACUUUCCACGAGAGAUCACAGGGCCCACUGCCUGGUCGAAAGCAGACUACCAGAACAACCCCGAGCGCUGGACACACGUCUUCUCCGAGUCGGAAGUCGCCGAGAUCUCAGACGCCGCAGACAAGUUCAUAUCCUCCGGCCAGCCACUGACCAGCAUCACAAAGGAGAAGUUUCAACUCCCAGGGUUCAGCAAGUUCCUCGAGCCCCUCCGCAAGGAGAUCAUCGAUGGCAAGGGCUUCAUUCUCUUCAAGGGCCUGCCGGUUCAGACCUGGGGAAACCAGAAAUCUGCCGUUGCGUACAUGGGCCUGGGAACAUAUCUCGGAUACUUCGUGAGCCAGAACUCGCGUGGACAUGUUCUUGGACACGUCAAGGAUCUUGGUGAAGAUGCCACGCAGAUCGACAAGGUGCGCAUUUACCGCACCAAUGCGCGACAGUUCUUCCAUGCCGACGAUUCUGAUCUUGUCGGCCUGCUUUGCAUUGCGAAGUCGCUCGAGGGUGGAGAGAGUGACUUGGUGAGCAGCCACGAGGUGUGGAAUGUGCUGCAGAAGGAGCACCCUGAUGUUGCGAGGCUCUUGACUGAGCCUAUCUGGUACUUUGACCGCAAGGGGGAGACGAGCAAGGGUCAGCAGGAGUGGAUCCGCACACAGGUGUUCUACCUGGAGACAGGUGACAACCCGCGUGUGUACUCGAAGUGGGACCCAUACUACGUCAAGUCCUUGACACGCUUCAGCGACAAGGGCCUCAUUCCGGCUCUCUCGCCCGAGCAGGCUCGUGCCGCCACCAUUCUCGACGAGACCUGCCUACGCCUUGCCCUUCACAUGAUCUUGGACAUCGGCGAUAUCCAGUUUUUGUCGAACAACCACAUUCUGCACGCUAGGACCGCAUACAAAGACUACCCUCCACCAGCACCCCGCAGGCACUUGAUGAGGCUGUGGCUGAGUACACCCGAGGAUGAGGGUGGCUGGAAGCUGCCCUUCCACGACAGCAAAGACAAGAAGAGGGGUGGUAUUCAGGUCGAUGACACACCGCCAGUCGCACCCUAUGAUGCUGAGUAG